AUGGAAAUGCUCAAUCUUCCUUACAUGGUUUUGGUUGCCUUUGCUGUGAUAGGAACUCUAUUCUCUAGUGAAGUUGAUGUGGUUCUGGGACAACUCUGCCAAGGUGACAUGCCGGGUCUGAUAACGCAAUGCCAGGCUUAUGUUAUGAGGGGUAGUCUACUGCCACCGACGGGUUCUCAGGGAUGCUGCGCGGCGGUAAGAACACUAGAUAUUCCAUGCGCGUGCCAGCACGUGACGAGGGUGAUCGAGGGGGUGGUAGACAUGGACAAGGUGGUUAAGGUCGUUAGGUCCUGUGGUAUCUCUGUUCCUCAAGGAAUGAAGUGUGGAAGUUAUACAGUUCCACCGGGAAGUGUUUGA